GAGUAGUGAGCCAACACUGUUACCUUUUUGGAACCCACCCUCGCUUGCACUACUAUUUUCUUUUCUUUCUCCUUUUCUUUUCUCUUCUCUCUCUCUCCCUCUCUCAAAAAUGGUGGACCACUUCAUUGUUUGCAUCGAUCGGAUAAUAGCCUCCACGGCCUGUUUUGGAUCACUGGAUGCAAGAACCUGUGAUCAUGGAGUUGAUCUUAUGAUACCGGUUUCUGACAAUGCUGGAGAAGGGUGUUGCUCUUCUCCAAACAAGUAUGAUGAUGAUGAUGUUGUUGUUGAGUGCAGAAUAUGUCAGGAAGAAGAUCAAGUCCAAGCCAUGGAGGCACCUUGUUCUUGUAAUGGCACUCUCAAGUUUGCUCAUAGGAAUUGUAUCCAGAGAUGGUGCAAUAAGAAAGGAAAUACAAUAUGUGAAAUCUGUAAACAGGAGUUUUCACCAAAUUAUUCUCUUCCACCAGUCAGAAGCAAUGCAAUUACGGCAAUUGAUAUAAGGCAAGAAUCUGGGAAUAAUGCUGAUGUGCAUGUUGAUCUAGCUUCAGCUGAGCACCAGUUGCUGCAAACUGAAUAUGAAGAUUAUGCCAUGUCACAAACCAGUAGCAUUGCUUGCCUACGAUCUACCACUCUCUUGUUGUUGAUAAUUUUGCUUGUACGCCAAGCUUUAAUGGUCACAAAGAACUCCACAACUGGACAAGAUACGUCAAUAAUCUUUAAUCUUGAGAUAUCACUUCUUCAAUUUGCUGGUGUUCUUUUGCCGUGCUAUGCAAUGGCACGAUCCUGGUAUGCGAUACAAAACCGAAGACGACAGGUUUAAGUCAUGUAACAGAUGAUGUUAUCUUCACUGGAUGUCACAAAAUUUGAGCAAUUAUAAGAAGAAACAACAUGCUUUUGCUGUUGUAUAUAUAGACCAUGCCAUGGUAAAAUACCACAAAGUGAAGUGAUGUUUCAGAGCAAUUUUCUGCACCUAUUUCCUCCUGUGGAAAAGGAAUAUCUCAAGUGUGGUACAGUACUACAAAAACGUGAAUAUUAAGCAUUUGGGUAGGAGUGGAGUCAACUUUUUGAGGGGCAAAAAAGCCCAUAGGUCCUUUAUGUUGACAGCAGCAAUUUGUAAUAGUAUCACCUUUUUCAGCCCUUGAUAUUUUGGCACAUCAAACUCAUGCGCCAAUUUACUGUUUCUCAUCAUCAUGGAUUUGUACACUAGCUUAUUUGUAGCUGUAGGAAUAUUUAUAAUUUAUAGUUUUGCUUGGUGUAAUAAGCUUUCUGUAUACUGAAACUAUCAAGUUUCAAUUGAUAAUCUGUUAGCAUUAUAAAA